UUUGGUAAAAAUGACGUCACGAGCGGAACCAAAAUGGCGAACAUAGUGACAAGUAAAUGACAAUGAGUGAAAAGAAAAGACGAACUUGACGAUGUGACGAAAAGAUUGAAUUAUGUUUCACUUUGAGAUAGUCAUAUACAAUCAUGGGUAAAUACGAACGAUAAUUUUGGUGAUAGAGCCCCAUGGAAAGGGUUCGACAACUACUUGGCGCCUGUGAACACGGGGAAGCCCCUGUAGUCCAAACCUUGUUAGAUGAAGGGGUUGAUGUGGACUGCGAGGAUGAUGAGGUGGGGAUCACGCCUCUUCAGACAACGGCAGCUAAUGGACAUGACCAUAUUGUACGUUUAUUAUUGAUGAGAGGGGCUGCUCUUAAUAAAACCAACAAUUAUGGCUGGACUCCUCUUAUGCAUGCUUCUAGAAAUGGACAUGCCAAUGUGGUUGCAACAUUAUUGCAGCAACGUCAAGCAGACAUUAAUGCCAUCACAGGUCUUGGUGCAUCAGCACUCACUUUUGCUGCCAGAGGUGGACAUAUUCAGGUGGUGCGACAGUUAGUGGAGGCUGGUAUAGAGCUAUCUACGUCGGGCGGUGCUAAUGAGUGUGAUUUUACGCCUCUACUGGCAGCGGCUCUGUAUGGACACGAUGCAGUGUUACGAUUCUUGCUGGAUCGCGGUUGUGAUGUGAAUUUUAGGACGUCUACUUCAGGUUUAACACCACUGAUGGUGGCAGCAUUAAAUGGCCACAUGAAGACGGCCCAGAUCUUGGUGGAGAGAGGAGCUGAUCCUAACGUGACUAACGCCAAUAACAGAACAGCCCUGGAUAUUGCCACAAUGAGAAUGAAGAGAGAAGUAGCUGCCUACCUGGAUAGAAAAACUACCAACAAACCUGAGAGGGCUGCAGAAGAAAAGAAACCAGACAUUAUUGAAGCAAUAAAAUUUGGGGAUAUUAAGAGAAUUCAAGCCAUAUUGGACCAAGAUCUUAGUCAGAGAGAUGCUUGUUCCCCAGAGGAGGGUGCCACCCCUCUGAUGUUUGCUUCAAUGGCUGGACAGUUGGACAUUGCCCAGUUGCUAGUGGACCAUGGUUGUGAUAUGGACAAACAGGACACCAUUAGUGGAUGGACAGCACUCAUGCAGGCCACGUAUCAUGGGAGAAGACCAGUUGCCAUGUAUCUGAUAGAAAGAGGUGCAGAUGUGACGAUUCAAGCCAAGAAUGGGUGUACUGCAUUUGAUAUGGCUUCUCUCAUUGAUGAUGUGGACACUGACUUGCUUCGUCUUCUGGCUUCUAAAGCCAUGACAGUCAACAAAGUGGACAAGUCAAAGAAGCACUGGUCAAAACAGAAUGGUGUGUCAGUGUCUGCCUCCACAGAUUCAAGCAUUGAUGAUACGCAAAAGACAGGUCUUCGGGGAUGGUUGAGCAGAUUAUCAAACCGAUUCCGAAACAUUAAGAAAAUAAAUGUGACGAAUCGUUUAGCCCCAAUGCCAACUCUGGAAACUUCUAUAUCUGUCCAAGAUUUAUCUUUCAAAAAUAACUCUAGUCCCACAGUGCCAAAGAAAGUGAACAACUUUGUUGAUCCCAUACAAACUUCACCUGUUACUAACUAUGGAACAAUGACUUUGGAAAACAAGCAGAGUGCCUCCCGUUAUACUUUGGAUAUCAAUCCAAUGAAGUCCAGUCAGACGAAUGAUACCCUGAAACCUGUCAUCCCUCCAUUUCUGCCCCAGCCCAGCUUCGCAAUCGAUGAGUCCCUCCCAGGCCGGCGAUCAAUGAGUUCCUUAGGAUCUGAUACUGCUAGUGCAAUCAUGCCAUCCCCCAUCCGUCCAAUGAUGAAGCCUAUGAAAUUCUUGCCUCAGAAGAGUACCACAUUGAGUUCCAGUCCCAUCAGUCCAUCAAGCUCAGCCCAGUUGUCCAAUGGCAACAGUAACCAUAGCAACCCUAGUCCUAGUUCCUCUGGAGAAUAUCAGCAGAAUGGUGUGUUCUGGAACCAGUCUAGCAAAUCCCCAGCCAUUUUUGCCCCUCGAAAUCCCCCUCAAAGACAAUUCUUUAAAAAGCCCACCACGGUGCCCUCAGCAUUUAAAGCCACAUCCAACACAACUUCACCCAACAGUUCCACCAGUGGCAGUUCAUCUAUCACCCCACAGCGAUCACUUGGGAGGAGCACAUCAUCUAAAGGCAGUACCACAUCUACCCUCACCCCUUCUCCCUCCCCCACUCCCGGGAAGUAUGGAGAAGAUCCCAAUCGUGUUCUAAGUUCACUUCAUGAAAACGAUGGCACCACUGAUGAGCUUUCUGGCAUUCUGAAGAAGCUAUCCUUAGAGAAGUACCAGCCCAUAUUUGAGGAACAAGAGGUGGACAUGGAAGCAUUCCUUACUCUGACAGACACAGAUCUCAAUGAGCUUGGAAUCACACAAACCCAGGCCAAAAGUCAGAUACUGACUGCCAUAACAGAACUCAACACAGGAAAGGGUAAAGACAGGCAACAGUUCAUUGACACAAUGACUUCAUUCCAAACCACUCUGAAGGCCAGAUCUAAUGACAGUCAAGCAAGUCUGUCCUCCUCAAGGUACCAGUGGAGAGAACCAAGUGAGCUGGGAAACUCCUGACAGCCAGAUCUAUAUGUGGGAGAAAGGCACAAGAAAAGUAUGAUGGCCAUACCUGCUAGCUGCUGAAGUGGAGCUCUAUACCAGGUCAUGCGCUGAUGACAAUUUUCCAUCAUCUAGAAUUUGCGUUGUUCGUUGUCACCACCAGUCUGUGUGGGACAGAAGAUGUGAUCUGGGGCUUUCAGUUUAAGGUCAACAACAUUUUGCUUUGUUGUGAAUGAGAAGUGCAGUGUGCUUUGAAGAUUAGCCAGUUUUGGUGCAGUUAUGCUCUCCAAGGUAUUCAUAUUAAGAACAGUAGCAAACAUUGGUUUGUUUUACUCCUAGAGCAUAAGCUAUGAAAAAUGUUGUAAUUAUUAUGAUUUAAAUGUUGGUGAAAAGCAAUAAAUGAAAUUACUGACAGGGUUAUUUUUCCCUCUUUGCAUUUAUGUUGCAAAUGACUAUCUGUCAGUAGUGCUGUGUUAAUGAUUUUAUCUUUGUGUUUGCAUCCACAUUUUGUUUAGUGAACGCCAUUUAAAAAAUACAUUUUGAUCUGCCAGUGUUUAAUUAUUAAAGAAAGCUAGGUGUUUCCAUUAUAAAGUCUGUAAAUGGUCCAGAUGUGACAGAUUUUUUUCGAACAUGAAAUUGAGAGGUUUAGAAUUUUAUCAAUAGGAUAAAGGACAUAUAAUAAUCAUUCAAGAAUAUCGGGAUUUCUAUUCGUAAAAAAUACUGUUCUUUCUUACCAUUAAAUGAUCAUGAGUGUGAAAUUAAGAAGCACAAAUAAAAGACUGCAGUUAUUUAACUGGACAAAUGAACAAAGCCAUUUGUUCUGAAUCAAGGUUCAAGUUUACAAGUGUUGGAUUUUUUUCAUGACAAUACAAAAAAAUUAUGUCACCCUAAAAAUAGAUGCACUAAAUGGCACAUUAGGGAUAAAAGUUUAAGGUUUUUCAAAAAACAUCAUCAUAAUAGUUGUCAUAUCAUUUAAAAAUCAAUGUGUGUGAAGUAUCAUUAUUGACAAAUGAACUACAUGUAGUUUUGAGGGGAUGCUUUUGUUAGUGACACUGUUGGCCUAUACACACUAGUAGGAAUGUAGGAUUGUCGAUGUCAAAUAACAUGAGGUGCCUGUUAGAUUUGUAAUUUAUUGCAUUCAUGAUUCAGUUCAGGAAAUAAUGCAUCCAUUUCUUUUACAUGUAUUUAUAUUUGUGAUAUUUUAGAAUUUUACUGAUUUUGCAGUAUUUGUUUUAUAUUCAGUGUAUGCAAUACAUUAUCAUCGUGUCUGCAUUUGAGCUCUGUUGUGAUUUUGUGUUUUCCUAUUUGACCUCACUGCUUGAAAAAUCGGUGAAGUAUAUUUUUAUUAUCGGACUUAUAACUACACGUACAAGCAAAAUGUUUGUCAUAAUUCAGAGGUUUUUUUUUCUUUUUACAUGUUAUGCAAAGUGCUCGUUUUGUUGCUUUAAAGUAUUUUAUAAACUUUGUGUUCAGUUUGUUGUUUUAUAGAAAGUUUUUGACAAGUAAGUGACAUGCUUUAUGUUUAUACAUUUAUUUGAUAUCCAUUUCAUGAACAGUUCAUUGAAUUUAUACUGCUGUGUGUUUGUUUAUUGUUUUACAUCAUUAUACAAUCUAUAUCUUUUGUACUUUUUGUAUUCUGUUAGUUUUCUGUUAUAACAAUGCCAAUUGCAUUUAAAUUUUAUAUUGAUCUUGUUUUGGUGGCUUUCCAAUGCCAAAAAUUUUAGUUUCUAUCAAAAACCUCUUUAUGCCCCCCCCCCCCAAUGAUUUAAAUAAUUUGUUAAUAUUGUCAGUUCUUUGUGUAAUUGUAGUAACCCUAAUAGAAGCAAUCCAUGGCACUGCUGAAAAUAUAUUUUACAUGUGUUGGACAUUUAGAUUUUUAAUCAAAAUUGUUUUGUUUUAGUCAUUAUAGCCAAUUCAUAGGAUAUUAUUUUGAUAGGUAAAACAAGUCUUCAAGAUCAUGCUUUAGGCCAUUAAUUAAGAUGUAUGAAGGGAUUUUCAUAAUGUUAAUAGAUAUGAAUUGUUGAUGUCAUUUUUAGAGUUUGAUUGAAAAUAUUAUGGAAUUGAGAUUUUCCUAUCGAAUAUCCUUAUGACUGUUACAGUAUCAUUGUUCAUAUGAAAAUGAAUUUAAUCUUUAUAAUCAAAUUCAGUGGUGUACAAGUCCAUAAAGUCUCGGCGUACAUGAGCAGUAUACAUAUUUCUACAUAACUAUGUAAAUGUGUCCAAUCUUUUUUAUGUUUACCACAUCUUUUAAAGAUGUCGGUAUUUUUACAAAGUAUUCACAGGUGUAUGUAGUAAUUUAUCAAAUCUUUAUAUAAAUUUGCUUACCAAACCGUCCUACACCACGACCUUUUUCAAUGCCUUCAAGAAUGUGAUAUAGGCUUUAUGUGAUAUUAAUUGUGAUUUUUGUUAUAGAAAAUUAUUCUUUGUUUUGACACUUAAUAUUCCUCAAGUCUCAAUACAUUGUAAACUUUGUUAAUUUACAAUGCAUAUAUUAGUUUUUACACCAUGGAUUAUAACUGAGUGAAUAAUAUUUAUAUCAGUUCAGUAUAUUUAUACGACAUUGACAAAGCCAAAUACUCCUGCAAAAUACAGCUGUUCAUUCAUCUUAAGUUAUGCCCUACGCAACUGCUGUGUAAUACUGGUAAACUUCACCAUAUCUGUGUGUCAACAUCCAAUAAACAAAAGUGACAUAAAGUA